AUGGCCAAGUUCAAGAAUGUCCUUGACACGCAGAUGAAGGAAUUCAGGCAGAUGCAGGAUGAUGAGGAACGGGCACGACAGCAAGAACGUCAGGACAUGCUCAACCAAGUCAAGGAGAAUCAGCGACUUGCUGCAGCAGAAAAGGCACAUCACGAUGCGGUGAGGGACAAGGCCAAGAGCAUCAACGAGCAGAGCCUGGAAAGCUUGCGAAGACGACGGAAGGCAGACGAGGACAGGCGGCAGCGCGAGCAAGAUUGCAUGCUGAAAUGGCUGCACAACGAAAAUGAGCGUCUUCGCCAGCAGCGCAUCGCAGACGCGGAAGAGUAUGCUCGGAAGUGCAAGCAAGCACAGGACGAGAUGCUAGAAGCCAUGGAAGAAGCAGCUAGAAGAAAAAAGGCACGACAGGAUGAAGAUAAGGCUUUCGCGAUGGCCGGGGAGCAGGCUGCAGACGAUGCGGAGGCAAGAAAUCGAGCAGCCGUCCAAGCCAGAAUGGAUCAGAUUGAGAGGAACUGCCAGACGAUCGGAGCCGACAUCGCCGGGCGCGAUGCGCGACUUGAAGCCGAGCUCCAGGCGAAAAUCCAGAAGAUCCAGGAUGAUGCCGACCAGGCGGCGAAAGAGGACGCGGCCCGGCGCAAGGCAGACCGCGAUGCCAAGGUCAAAGACAUGCUCGACACCCUGAACCUGCAGAUGAUGCAGCGAGACGACGAAGCGCAGAGGGAGAAGGAGGACGGAAUCAAGCAGGCUCGGCUCUUCCAGGAGCAGUACGAGCAGGGACUUGCAGCAGACAGGGCCAAGGAAGAGAAGGCCCGACAAGCCCGAUUAGCCAUGGAUGCCAAGCUGGUGGAGAAGAUGAGGUCCGCGUGGCGUCUGAAACUUGACCACUCGAGCAAUGCAGGUAGCUGCCCCAGCGUUAGCGUUCGCACGUGUUGUGUACCUGAACCUUCGCUAGAGUUGGCCUACAACCGUGGCCUCUACGAGCAGAUGGCUGUGGAGGGCUUCAUGAUGCCCCUGACAUCGAAGUUCCUGCCCCAGGCCACCCAUACCGGGAAGCUGGAUCCACAUCCCUCCUGCGGCCGCUACACAGGUGAGAUUGAUGUUGGAGGUGCGUCAAGUCGACUGACGGCCACUCUGCUCGAGGGUCUUGGUCAGCUCUCGGGCAAAAGUUCCAGUUCCAGCAGCGCCAACAUACGAACAACUCAAGACUCUCGACGAAGGGCUGCGCUGAAACAGCGCCUGAAGCAGUUUCACCCGUCCGACUGUGAGCACCGAAGUUGUGCCGGCAUAAGCAUCAGAUCUGCUAGCUGUUCAGUCUGCAGGGUCUGGUUCCUGAUCUUGGCAAUGCUGCGAUUGAUGGCGAUUGAUCCUGGUGUUGUUGAAGAUGGUGGGGAUGAGAGGAACGAUUAUGAUGCGGGCGAUGCGGGAGAAGAAGCAGAUGUUCAUACGCACCACACGUUGUUGAUUCGGGUGGUGACGAUGAAGUGGACUUAA